CACCUCUCUACCACAGCUCCCACCCAAGCCCAUAGCAGCAAUGUCUGCACUUCCAUGGAUCUGUAGAAGCUGCGCAAGAGCUAUGCGCCCGCUUCAUAGAAAUCAAUCCCUACGAUAUGCAUCGACAGCAACCUCUCGCCUAGCACCGAGCCUCAUCGCACGAGCACAAUCGAUUGCGGCCGAGCAUGACGACUUACAAAAGUCUCUUAAUGCAGAGUUCGACCGCAAGAAGGCCAAGCGCGUAGGUGAGCUACGACGAGUGGCCGAGGCGCUUCGCAACUGGGACAAGGUCACGAGCGCCAUCACUGAACUGUCAUCCAUGGUCGACGAUCCCGAACAAGAUGCCGAUCUCGCCGCUAUUGCAAAGGAAGAGCUGGAAAUCGAAGAAUCAAAACUAGACGAUACGGAGCGCGCGCUCUCAGCCAGCUUGACCAAGCGUCACGCAUUCGCCGACCUGCCCUGUCUUAUCGAAAUCCGACCUGGCCCCGGCGGCCUCGAGGGCCGAUACUUUGCCGACUCCAUGUUCAAAAUGUACAAGGCACAUUGCGCAAGACGCGGAUACCAGGUUAAUGUGGUUAAAUACGAGUUGUCCGACGGGGCUGGCGACUCUUCGUCCUCACUAGGCGAGCUGCCGCUGCAGGAAGCCAUUCUGGAGGUUGCUUCUGAAGGCGCAUACGACAUCUUCCGCAUCGAAGCUGGCAUGCAUAGGGUACAGCGCGUACCAGAUACAGAGAGCAAGGGGCGCAUGCACACCAGCGCUGUAGCCGUCUGGGUUCUGCCGUCGUUUGCCGAGUCUACUGCCUCAGAGAGCGACUUUGACGACCCCGAGAGCGACUUCUACGUCAACCCGCAAGACGUCAAGAUUGAGACCAUGAGAGCCCGCGGCGCCGGCGGCCAGCACGUCAACAAGACAGAAUCGGCUAUCCGAAUGACGCACGGGCCUACAGGCACGACGGUGUCGAUGCAGGAUCACCGAUCGCAGCAGCGCAAUCGUGAAGAGGCAUGGCGCCUGCUUCGCUCUCGAAUUGCAAGUCAGCGUGUUGAGCAGCGUGAAGAAGAAGCUGUGCGUCUUCGAAACAGUGUCCUGUCCAAGACGCAGAUUACGCGUGGCGACAAGAUCCGCACCUACAACUACAACCAGAACAGAGUUACAGAUCACCGAGCAGGCCUGGAUGUCUUUAAUCUCGCAGACGUAGUUGCAGGCGGUGAUAACCUUGACAAGCUCAUGGAUGCUGCGACACAGUGGCUCAUUACGACGGAAAUCGAGGCGGUCGCAGCAGAGGAAGAAGAGAAGCAAAAGGUGGCGAGCGGCACGAAGAAGACAUAGCAUUUAGGCAAGUAAAGCCGAAUUGUAUUAACAGCCACACUGUACUAUAUAUAGACAACAUCUGCCUUUCUUGAAGUGGCAAGAAAGAGCAAGAUCAAAUACACUUGACAUGAUUCAUUAUCCCAAACCUCUCACAUGCACAUGGCUAAUGGCCACCCACCCGAUAAAACUCCAAUCCCGUAGUCGAAGAAUAAUAAAAAUAACGUCUUUCCCAGAUAGUAAAGCCUCGAAACCGUCAAAACGCCAACUCAUUUGUAUAAAGUUAUAUCAAGCCUCCCAAAACGACUUUGCCAAUGUUCAAAACUUCUGCCUUGGCGUUACUCCGACUCUGUUCCUCAAAGUCCUUGAUGACGCCCUGCACGAUUAACUUCUUGACUUUGGCGUCGGCCUUGCUAAACAGUUCCGCAACGGGCGCUGUGCAUUCGCGAGAUGUUGGGAUUAACGUCAAGAAUCGUUGGUAGCAGUCGAUUAGAACGUCACAGAGCGUGGAAAACGUUUCGAAAAAGUCAGGGUCGAAAGGCAGCGAUGGUGUGAGGAGGUAUGUGUAUUCUUCACCAGGAAGAAGAUCGGAUUCUGAUGCUGCAAAGUUCAUAAACGAUGGCAUGGACGCUGCGCCGCCUACCGGAAGGCCCUGUGCGUCAUCUCCGAUGUCAGCUACUGAUGUCGAGCGCCGCGUCUUGCCUCCCGGUCGGCGGAACAUGUUAGGAAGCCGCGCGCGGGUCAGGCUGUUGGCAGAGUCGCUGUGUAGUUGCUGGAAAGAGUCGAACUCGGAGAAGAGGCUGUUGAGGCAGCGGAGGAAUUCAAGCGGUGUGGAGGAGUAGAGGUCGUUGAUGGUAGGUAUCGAGAGGCCAAGGAGAAGUAAGUUGGUCGCUUUGCGCGCAAGCUUUCUAGGAUCAUAUGAAGGUAUGCGUGCAAGGUCAGUCUUUUCGAAUAAAUAUGUUGUGAACCAGAAGAUUCGGCCCUCGUGCCUAUGUAUGAGUUAGUAAAUGCAGUCUACAGGGAAAGCUACAACUGAUGAUGGGUGGAUGACGUACGCUUUACGCAGGUAGUCCAAGGUAGCAAUCCGCUUAUGUGCUAGGUCGAGCAGCUGCUGAUGCGUGGAUGUUGCCUCGCUGGUAGGCCAAGCGGUUGGGCUAAUAAUGCCCGACACCGCUGACGGUGUUGGCGGCGCCAUGAAGCUCGACAUCGUCGCUGACCUGCUGAGUGAAGAAGGAGCACCAUCGGGGCUAACGGGACUCUUCGUGUCUCGGGCAUCGCGGGGGAUAACCUUGGCCGCGGCAGACAAGGCAUAGUCCGGCAGCGCCGGUGGCGCGGUAGCAUCUGUCACGACAGCAUUCGAUGAGGCCGCUGUGGACGUACUACCCCGCCUCCGCGAUCCAGACAGCGAGGCUUUUCUGGAGAAGGAGAGCUUGCGCUCCUUUGUGAGGACGUUGGGGGCUGAUGUUCCUAGAUGUGAGCCGCUCAGGGGAGGGGGUAGGCCUGAGCCGUCGCGUGUGGUCGGCCGUGAGGGCGAAGUCGAUGUGUUGGAGAAGAGGCUGACCGAAGACAUGUUUGGCGAAAAGGGCGGGAGUGACAUAGGGCCCUGCAUGGCGAUGAAGACAAGGUGAGGAUCGCGGUCUGGAGACCGGCCUCGUUAUAGAGGAGCGGGUUUAUUGGAUUUCGGUGAGCAGUGAAAGCCGGGGACCUUGUGCGGGUGCGUGUCGGCGUUUCGUUUUGCGUGCCCCUGGGCUCUUAUGCGGCCAAGGCUCAGGGGGUAUUUUGGCUAGGCUGAUGCCUCGGCGGGGAAUAGUCGAUGAUCAGACGGUGCAACUUAGCACUGCAUGGUAUAUAAAGAUGGUUGGUCCCAAGGGGGAUGAUAUUUUCGGCAGCGAAAGCGUGUGCAGCGGGUGGAUGGUGCACAGCGGCAGAUUUGUUCGUGAG